ACAACAGUCACAUUCAUUAAUACAUCAUUUUUUGGAGAUAUGCCACGACAUUGGAUGCUAAUAUGUGCGCAACUUGCCGUAUUCCUUUUUGCUCAUGUUUGCUACGUUAGCAAAGCCAUGAACCAGUAUGGAACGAUGUCAGUGGAAGGACCAGCUUUUGUGAACAGGGAUGUAACAUUGAAAGCGACACCGUUCUACCCUUGGGGAUGUGAUGUGGAAUGGAUAUGCAUAAAAAAUGCUAGAUCAACACUUCAAAUAAUGAAUGGGACAAAUGUUAAAAGAUAUAUGGAAGAUGGGUCGUUUUUUAUGAAAUGGAAGGCUUCAUUUGAAUACAACAAGUCGGACUUUUACGCCGGGUGUAUAACAAACACAACGAUAAAAACACCCAUGGUAACCUUGAAUAUGAAAGAUAUUGUUGGACAAUGUGGAGCUCUCGUGCUCUUUAGCCCGGUAGUACGCGGCGCGAACGUCGAACUAGGAUAUUUUCCAGCUGACGUUUAUAUACAGCGUCAAACAUACAAUACACGAACAUGGAAGAAAAACACCAACGCGAUACAGCUACGAAACGGUUCUUACGAAGAAGACAAAGUUUCUGAAUAUGUUUACAAAUUGACAGUAUUCAAUUUUGAUGAAACAAAUGAGGGAACAUACACUUUAGUGUGCAAUCCAGGAGGAUCCACCGAAUCAGUACAUGUUUAUAUGCAGGAGCGACCGAGUUACCCAAUACUCGGUCCAAUGUCCCUUGACUUUAACACAACAGAAUGCAUUUAUGUUUAUGCUGGAUCUGACGUGUAUUGCAAAACUGACAAUGGAACCGAACCCGUAAAAGUUGUACUUUUACUUGAGCAUGAUUUAUUUGUUUAUGCUGAAAUCAGAGUCAACAAAGGAGUGUACCGGUUCCAUAACGUUUAUCAGCUAAUGGCUGGACAGUCGAGACGGAAUGUAACAUGCCAAGUUUCAAAUGCAGCCCUUGAAACACCUCACAAAGUGCACGGCAUUCUAUGUAACGUAGAGAAAGGAAGCCCGCCCGAGCUUACAGUUCCUCAAUUCCUUGAUGGAGAAAGUUCGGCAGCAGUAUGUGAGGUGCACAAUGCUAUCCCAGCUCCGGCAAUAGAAAUAUACGUUGGCACAGUCUUGCUAGCUGAUGUUCAACAAUCGGAUUUAUUUAAUAAAUCUUCUAAUACAUUUACAAGUCAAGCAAAGACGACAAAGACUUACAAAUCUUGGAAUGGAAAUGAAAUGUGUUGCACAACGCAAAGCAACGAUUAUUUUGGUCUAAAAGCUGUGUCAAUAUGCAAAAACAUCAGUAUGAAAUGCAGGCAAUGCCAGGACAAUCAGACAUUUUCUUCAAUAUUCCGAUUUCCUAUCAAGAAUCUUCUUAUUGGAACAGGUGUUUUUUGUGGAAUCUGCAUCGUUCUUGCAAUUGGAAGAUGUAUAUUUCUUAAACGACGAAAGGUCAGCAAUAUCAUCACAAUAGAAAGUGUUGAAAAUCACAGCGAAACAGACGUUUUGGCGGACAAUGAUGUUUCACACAUAACAAUGGAAGGUGUCCAGUUAGCAGUCGUACAGAGACAGCCUGCCCAAAAGAGCAUUGAAACACAGCAGCCACAUACUGACGACAGUCAUGCGUACGACGAGUUGGACACCAAUUUUCAACAGGAAGCUCAGGCCAGAGUUCCGUCAAAGAGAAAUGAUACGCCGACGAAGUAUACUAUCAUUGAAUUCUCCUCAACACAGGAACCUGCAGUAGAAGACAAGUGUACGACAAUGCAUCAGUGUUGAUCUCUAUCAAAUACCAAAACAUAUAACCAAGAAAUACUGCUGCCGUUUUCUAUGGUUUCUAUAUUGUAUUCCGUAUGCAUGAUGUUUUGGAAAAUCACUUGUACAGGUAUUGUAUUAAAUUGUUAAGAAGUCAAACAAUGAUGUUUUU